UCCUCUGCAGCAAGCAAAGAAGGGGGUAUUUCAAUACCCGACUUCAUGGCCAUUUACUCGGGUUUGCGAGCUACGAGGGUCAGACGUAAGUGAGUGUUUUUUUCAACACACCCCUUUUGUAAUCGGGCCAGCAUCACAUUUCCAAAGUAGCCAUGAACAUACGAAACGUUUUCGGUGCGGGGUCAUGACAUUGAAAUUGGAUUGUAUUACAGUCUCGGCGAAGAUACUAGAGCUACGCGGCGCUCCACCAUCUUUUUUUUAGUCUUGCCCUAGCUGAUCAAGUAAAAUGGAGGAAUAUAAGCCUGCAGCUUCAUACUCUUUUAGCAGUUACAUUCUCGCAGUCACACUUGCUACUGUUCUGGUUUAUUUCAUUUACCGACGAGGGCAGGGUAGAAAAUUUCACUAUCCACCGGGUCCGAAAGGAUUGCCUCUCUUCGGGAGUUUCUUCAGCCUGAUUUUUACGAAGAGGCAAGAAUAUGAGGUGGUGAAUGAUUGGACCAACAAGUAUGGGGACGUGAUUUCCUUCAAGCUAUUAAACACCCGGGUAUAUGUGUUGAACAAUGUUCAGAUGUCACAUGAUGUAAUGGGCAGUCUGAGCAUGAUGGGCAGAGUGCCUGUCCCCAUCAUCAAGACUCUUACGGGAAGGGAGAAUCCAGGUGUUGCAUUUUCUAAUGGCGAUGUGUGGAAGGAGCAACGUCGCUUCUUACUUUCCGUCUUCAAAAGAGCUGAUGCCAAGGGUAUCAGAUUUGAGGAAAUCGUCGGUGCACAGGCAGAGCGUAUGUUGACCGAAAUAGAAAAGACCAAAAGUGCCCGUUUUGAUCCACAGCCAAUUAUAAAUAUCUCCAUCGGCAGCAUCAUCACAAAAAUCGUGAGUGGGAUCACUUACGAAUUCGACGAUGAUGAUUUCCAUCGCCUUGUGACGCAUUCCAAUCGUGUUUUCGACCUGCUGGGACCGGCUGGAGGAAUACUAUCUUCGGUACCAAUACUCGCUGCCGUCCCGUCACCUGCAAAACGUCAACUAACGAAGGAAUGGGAUACGAUGUACGACUUCAUCAAGAAAAAUAUUGCGAGCCACAAGUCAGAGUUUAACCCCAACCAAGAGGCAGCGGAUUAUAUUGAGAGCUAUCUGCACGAAAUAGCAAAAAGAACGACAGAGAAUAACAAAGGCUCCUUUGAUGAAAUCAAUCUCCUGGAAUGCUCAUUUGAUGUGCUUCUUGGGGGAUGGGAGACAUCAGCCACCACGAUCUCCUGGAGCCUCCACACCCUGGCAUGCUAUCCCGAAGCACAAAACCGAGUCCGUCAAGAGAUCUUUGACGUCAUCGGCCAGGAACGUGAUCCGCGUUUCUCCGAUCGUCACCAGAUGCCGAUAGCCAUGUCAACCAUUGCAGAAUGUACGCGUCUGCGACCAGCCUUCGAUUUCCAUCUUCCUCACGUCGCCGAACAAGAUUGUCAGGUUGGCGAGUACGACAUUCCAAAGGGGAGUGUGGUCACGACAAACAUGUCCCAUCUAUUCCUUAGUCCGACCCUCUGGGAGGAGCCACUGGAGUUUAGACCAGACAGAUUCCUGAAUGAGGACGGGCAGUUUGAUAGAAAACGUGAACCAAUCAUUUUUGGAACAGGUCGAAGGGUAUGUCCUGGAGAGCAGUUGGCAAGGACCGAGAUCUUUCUCUUCAUCACCUCCAUCUUGCAGCGUUUCACCCUCAGUCUGGCCGAAGGCGUUCCAAAAGAUCUCCCAUGCUACCACAGGUUCACCAAUCGACCGGAUCCUUACCAGAUACAUGCUGAAAAAAUCGUGUAGCUCUUACAGUCACGUUCCCCGACGUUGAAUAUCUACAUAGCAAGGAAAGGCGACUGUCGUUGAUAGAGUCACGUGUAUUGCGCCUUUGGAACAACCACAAUAUCUAAGGGCAGGCCCGAGCACAUCUAAAAUAUCAAUAUACCUGAUAACUGUUUUAAACUGAUAGCCCAACUACAGCUUCAAUCAUAUUCACUACUGUAUAAUGACAUUCAAGAAUAAUUGAUAACGUAAUGCGAUAUACCUUGGACUUUGCUCAUAACCUUAAUAUCUUAAGUUUUUGCUUCUUUCGGUGUGUAUAUAAUCUUAUAUAUUCCUCUUUGUUUUCAAUAUAGUGUUGUACAUUAAGUGUAUAUUCAUGUUCCUUUGUCUUUUCUUUACUUUUACUUUUACUUUUCUGUAUGAAAUUUAAUUUGGAAAUGAUUAUCCUUUUAAACAUGUUAUUGAUAUAAAUUUAUAUAUAUUUUAUGACUCGAUCGAGCGAGUUUGUAGGUGGUUUACCCCACUGACCAAGUUAUGGGAUAAAUAUACAGCGUACGUGUGACAAAAGUCGACUUGUUGCAGACCGAUGUUCCUUCCAUUUGUCAACCCUAGCCCGUACAGAUUUGAAAGGAGCUGCGUUCUUUAUAUUAGGUUACAGCUGUUAACACUUGUGGACGCACAGGUUACACAAUGUACAAAUUGCCAGGAGCGGAUCCAGGAGUUCUAAGGGGAAGGCCCAAAUUUGAAAUCAAUUUGAAAUUUAGUGUGCUGAAAUUUGAAAAUCGUGCCGGCCGAUAU